AUGUCACAAAAUCAAGGGAAGAAAGAGGACCGGAAGAAAGAUGUGGGUCAAAAGCAAUUACAGAAGAAGGUCCCCGAUAAAAAUAUGUCGGAGAUCGACGACCACAUACUAAAACGUUUUGAAGUAAAGAAAAGGCUCGGGAAAGGUGCUUACGGUAUUGUCUGGAAGGCUGUUGAUAAGAAGACCAAGGAUGUGGUGGCGAUUAAGAAAAUAUUUGAUGCAUUCCGUAACCAGACUGAUGCUCAGCGGACUUUUAGGGAGAUAAUUUUCCUUCAGUCGUUCCGUAACCAUCCUAAUAUUAUAAAGCUUCAUAGCAUACACAGGGCUCUGAACAACCAAGACAUAUACCUCGGCUUCGAGUACAUGGAGACUGAUCUUCACAACGUGAUCAAACGCGGGAAUAUCCUCAAGGACAUACAUAAGCGGUACAUUAUGUACCAAAUGCUGAAAGCAACUAAGUAUAUACAUUCAGGCAAUGUAAUACAUCGAGAUCAGAAACCUAGUAAUGUUUUGAUUGACAGCGCUUGCAGGGUGAAACUAGCAGACUUUGGUCUAGCUAGGUCGGUGUCCAGUCUUUACUCGGGUGGGGAGGAAGGCGCUGAUCCCUGCCUUACUGAUUACGUGGCUACCCGUUGGUAUCGAGCGCCUGAAAUACUCAUCGCCAGCAAAAGUUAUACUAAAGGGAUAGACAUGUGGUCUCUGGGCUGCAUUCUCGGCGAGAUGUUGACUGGGAAGCCGCUGUUCCCCGGCACCUCGACCGUUAAUCAGGUCGAGAGGAUCAUGUCUGCGUUGCCGAAACCUUCGGCUGAAGACAUAGCGAUAGUAUGCAGUGGCUACGGCUCAUCCCUGAUCAGGGAGCAAGCUAGCAACUCUUCAGGGGGCGCCUCCCUGACGGCACUGCUGUCCUGCGCUCCAAGGGACGCCGCAGAUUUGGUGCAAAGACUACUUGUGUUCAACCCUGCUAAGAGGCUCAGCGCUGAACGGGCUUUGGACCAUGAAUAUGUCGCCAAAUUCCACCGCGAACGCGACGAGCCGACUUUAAUGUCGGAUGUUCUCCUGCCUUUGAGGGACGACAAGCAGAUGUCAGUGGACGACUACAGGAAUAAAUUGUACUCCAUCAUGGCGAAGGGAUCACAGUCACAUACGGGACAACAUAGGAAAAUACAUUCCAGUAACAAAACGCAUCCACUACCGACGACCACAAGCAAAAGCAGCAAGAAUUUCCACGAAACGGAACUAACGAAGUCUUACUCGAAGACCAAGCACUUGAGUGCUUCAGCUGACACGAAGAGCCGGCCGAAAUUAACGAGACCACAACUCGAGAGACCUUUGAAAGAACAGAAGUCUGAACAAAGCGUCACUAAGCCCCUUAGGGCAACGAAGAUAUUUGAACAGAGACAUGAAUGGGUACCGAACACAAACUGCCAUGGGGAUUAUUUUCAACCGGUGUUGAGGCAAAGUCCUUCAGAGACGGGAUGUAUGAGUGGAGGCAAGAAAUCCACAUUACAGCAUAGGAGGAAUUCGACCUCUUUUUCAACCGUCACCAUAGGGGGUGAUGCGGAAUAUGGGAGCUGUGGAAAGCAAAGACAUGGGGUCAUUACAGCCAGUGCCCUCAUGGACCUAAGAACAAGCAUACGAUAG